ACAGUUCUUCCGGUCUCUACCUUUCAUGAGUUCCGGUUUCCGUUUACUCUACACGGCUGUAGAAAGAUCGACGCGUUGUGAUAUUUUGUACACUUUCAAACGUCAAAUUUAUAGUGUCACCAAGCACGAUGCAGUACAUUAAGAGUCUAUUGGAUGUAUAUGUGGUGCUGCAGGCUCUGUUUGCGUUGUCAUUGUGUUUUUCUGAUCCAGAGCCGGGGCCUGCAGCAGGUUCGCAGUCCAAUGGAGAUCGUUUCAAAAUCGAAGGUCGCGCGAUCGUUCCUGGAGUGAAAACACAGGACUGGAUCUCCACAGCCCGAGUCCUGGUAGAAGGAGAGGAAUAUGUUGGCUUUCUGAAGACUGACGGAAGCUUUGCUGUGAACGAUGUGCCUUCUGGAUCAUAUGUGGUUGAAAUCGUAUCACCAUCUUUCAGAUUUGAACCUGUUCGUGUUGACAUUACUUCCAAAGGGAAAAUGAGGGCACGCUUGGUGAAUUACAUCAAAACCUCUGAAGUUAUUCGACAGCCGUAUCCCCUUCAGAUCAGAUCAAAUGGUCCACACACGUACUUCAUGAAGCGGGAGACAUGGGGGUGGACUGAUUUUCUGAUGAACCCAAUGGUCAUGAUGAUGGUUCUUCCCUUACUCAUCAUAGUCCUGCUCCCGAAGGUGGUAAAUACUAAUGACCCUGAGAUGAGAAAGGAAAUGGAGCAGUCUAUGAACAUGUUGAACCCUAACCCAGAAUUGCCAGAUGUUUCUGAAUUCAUGACUAAAUUGUUCUCCAAGGGCUCCAGUAAGUCUGGGGGAGGCAACAAAGGUAGCAGGAGUAUUGCACCAAAGAGGAGGUAGUGCUGUGAUCUUUUUUCAGUUUUCCUUAGCACUGUUUUUUUUUUUUUUUUUUUUAUAUAUAUAUAUAUAUAUAUAUAUAUAUAAUGUAUAUACAGUAUAUAUGAAAGGAUUCUUUUUCAACUGAAACGCUUGACAAAGCAGAACUGUGUUUCCAUGGUCCCAUUUGCUUUUGAUGCAUUGUUGUUAAUCAGAUCAUUUUACUCAUUAUAAUGAUACACUGAAAACUUCACACAUUUUAAAAAAAUGUAUCUGGUACACAUGGACUAAAUCAUGAAUUCAUUGUUGUUGUUGUAUUUUUUUUUUUUUUUUUUUUUUUAUAUAACUUUACUAGGAUGUUUUAACUUUAAAAGUAGAAUGAGUGGGGAAGUAAAUUAUUGGUCUGUUACCCCGGAUUGGUCGAGUUAAAGAUUCCUAUGUCAAAAGGGGAGUGUUAGACAAAGAUUUUACUUUUGCUGAAAGAUUUCAAUAUUCUCUAAUAUAAUUAACAUUAUGAUGGUAGUCUAUGCUUUUACUGUUGUUGCAUCUAAGAUUCAUCAAACAGAUAUAUGAUUGCUUCUCAGAAUUGAGGUCAAUGCAGUUUCACCUCCACUAUGAUUUGAAUUACAGUAAGAAUUAAAACUCAAAUAAAAAUGUAGCACAUUCUGAAUAUGAGAGAAGUAUAAGUAAACAGGUACUAUAUAUAAAAGGUUGGGAGCAUCAAUGUGUUAUCGAUUGGCUUUUUACAGUUGCUGCUGGUCGAUGCAAUAGCUGCAAAAUGGCUUCACUGAUAACAUUAGAUGCUAACAUUAGUACCCGCUAUAUAAUUACGUUUUGUUUUUUUGUUUUUUAGUUGAUCAUAUUUGUUCUGGGACAUUUCAAAUUAAGCUAACAGAAGCUGCAUGUUUUAGGAUGGAUAAAAUUAGGGGCCAUCUUGGCAUGUGUGUUUUCAGGCCACCCCAAGGAGGUGAAGUUGACCCCGAUUCUGUGUCACAACUACUUGAAACAAAGAUUCUAGGUUGAAAUAUUUACUAUAUCUUGUUGAAAUUGUACAAGACUGUGAAUGAAGAUAAGAAAUGCAUAAGUUUAAGCUAUGAAGUAUCUUAUUUAAAAUAAAUGGAAAUAAAUUGUGGUGGGCAAUAUUGUCA